AAUAAGGCAACGUCGGGGGAGAGGUUGGUUGGCCACGGCGGCGCCAUGGGCGACUCCAACGAGGAAGACCAGGACACCAUCAGGCUGAAGCCGCUGAAGUACAACGGUACCUUCCCGGUGCCCGCGGAGGACAGGCUGGGAAGAGGCAGAAGUGUCAAAGAAUUUGUAAAACUGAAUCGUAUUGGUGAAGGAACCUACGGUAUUGUUUACCGAGCCCAUGAUACAAAAAGCGAUGAAAUUGUCGCCCUUAAGAAAGUUCGGAUGGAUAAAGAGAAGGAUGGAAUACCUAUCAGUAGUUUGAGAGAGAUUAAUUUACUCCUCAAAGUAAGACAUCCCAAUAUUGUGGAGCUAAAAGAGGUAGUAGUAGGAACUCACUUGGACAGCAUUUUCCUGGUGAUGGGAUACUGUGAACAGGACCUUGCCAGCCUUCUGGAGAAUAUGCAGUCACCAUUCUCAGAGGCUCAGGUGAAGUGUAUCAUCCUGCAAGUAUUGAAGGGACUGCAAUAUCUGCAUGAAAACUUCAUCAUUCAUAGAGACCUGAAGGUAUCCAAUUUGCUGAUGACAGACAAAGGUUGCGUGAAGAUAGCGGAUUUUGGGCUUGCACGUACAUACGGAGUACCUCUCAAACCAAUGACCCCAAAAGUGGUUACACUGUGGUACCGAGCACCAGAAUUACUACUGGGUACAAAGACCCAGACUACAGCGAUCGAUAUGUGGGCAGUAGGCUGCAUCCUCGCCGAGCUGCUUGCCCACAAGCCGAUGCUCCCAGGAAGUUCAGAGAUCCACCAAAUUGACCUCAUAGUUCAGCUGCUAGGGACUCCCAACGAGAACAUUUGGCCAGGCUUUUCCAAGCUGUCGCUUGUGGGGCAGUACACUCUGAGAAAACAGCCUUACAACAACCUGAAGCACAAGUUUCCGUGGCUCUCAGAGGCAGGUCUGCGACUUCUCAACUUUCUCUUCAUGUACGAUCCCAAAAAGAGGGCCACAGCAGAAGAUAGUCUGGAGAGCUCCUAUUUUAAAGAAAAACCAUUACCAUGUGAACCAGAACUGAUGCCCACCUUCCCCCAUCACCGGAACAAACGUGCUGCGUCUUGUGCAGAAAAUCAGCAGAAGCGACUCAAAGUGUGACACAGCGAUUCAGAACGACUAACAUUACCGCAGCUACGACAAUGCCCAGGAAUGGGAAUAUUCUGAAGAACACAUGGAUUGAAUUCUUCAAACUGUGAAUAUACCCAGCUACAAUACAAUAAACCUUUGUUAAAUUUGUGUGGGACUGAAGUGGAAAAAGGUGAAAAUACUUAAUCACCAUCACAUAAAUCCAAUUCACUUACUACUUUUAUUCUCUCAACUUCCUGGCAAAUAAAAUCAGAAGAGCAGCCACCUGUAAAAUUUGUCUUGAUCAGUUAGUUUGAAUGUUACCUGCCAUUUAUCUUGUGACCCCAGUAAAUACUGUUUAACUAUUAGUUCUUCCUACAAUGAAUGUUCUUCUUUAUUAGUUCUUCCUACAGCCUCUUUACUAUUUAUGAAUAAAAGCAUUGCACAUUGUAAGAC